AUGCGGCUUAAGAGCCGUAAAUUAAAGAGGAGAAGAUCCAAAGUAAGAAAGUCCUGUGGGCAGUUGAGAGAUAAAUGCAUCAAAAGACAAUUAGAUGAUUUUGAAAAGCAGUACAAGUCAGAGACCGUUUGUCUGAAGAAACUCAAACCAGUUGUUCUCAGUAAUAGAAGAUCGGUUGCAGAGUAUUACAAAAUAGCGGUUAGAAAAUCUUGUACUGGCAAAGGUGUGGUUCAAGUACCCAAAAAAUGUGUUGAGUAUGCCAAGCAGAAACCGGGUUUUAGAUUGAUAAAUGAGACGUGUAGGACAUCUAUUACGCUUUCAUAUUAUUACAAAAAACGAAAUUUAAAGAUCAAAGCUAAUGAAGUUUGCUCCUCAAAAAUAAGAAUUCGACAUACCAAAUGUGGUCAAUUCAAAGGAGGGGAUAUCAAACACUCUACCAAUAAAGGAGACGGAAAUUCUACCAUUGUUUUGACCUCUACGGUUCACAAAUCCAUUACUCAAAAUGACACAUGGAAUCCAUUGGAUGAUAAAAAUGGUACUAAGGGAUUCGAUGAUUCAGAUGACGAAGCUAGUAUAUCGGCAGAGAUUUUUCUUUUACUCUUAAUAAUAAUAGCAGUAAGCAUAACAACGCUGUUAAUUCUUAUGACAUGUAUAUAUGCAUAUGUUUACAAAAGAAGUAGAACACGUGCAUUAAAAGGAGGAAAACGGAAGGGAAGGCGGACUGGUAGAAAACAUUUAGAGGAAGGCACAAAUCUUUCAGAUCUAACAUUGAGUUUCUCGGCCAGAAAAAUCUUAUCAGAAACAUCAUUAGAAACUAGUUUAUUGUGCAAGCCACAUUUAGAUAAACUUCCCUAUACAACACUGGAUACGUGUUCACACAUAACCACGCCCUGUCUUCAUAGCUUUGAACGUACAUCCUCGCACACGGAAUACUAUAAGGACAUAAAAGACGUACAAGCACGCGCUUGUGGGAUAGGAUCGUUAAACCACAACAUCGUCAAGGAGGAAAUAAUUGAAAUUGAAACUUGCAGGACCAAGCUGCAUGACAACGAUGUAGAUACAUCAGAUACACCAAUACGAUCAAUACAUUCUUGUAACGAGUUAUGUUCAUUAUCUGAUCCUUUGUUACCUGAAGAUAUUACUCCUGUCAAACCUGAUGGUAUUUUCUCAGAAUAUGAUUGUGAAUGUACACGUGUAGAUUCUUUUGACUCUCUGUACUCUGGAGGUGAUUGUGGAGACUGGCUGAAUGAAAUACUUGAUAUAACAGUGUCUGAUCAACAAGAUACACAAAUCAACGAAUUCAAGAUACUAACAGAAGAGCCAAUAGAUGUCUCGAUCGAUUCUUCACUGUCGAAUAAGGAUAAUACUGCUGUCCAACCUUUUGACACUGAUAGAGAACGAAGCGCGAUGUUUUGGAAUAAGCACAGAAGUUUACCCAUAAUUCCUAAUGCUACUAUCCUGUAUUCAGAACUCAACUGGUUAGAUGGACGUUUGAACAGGUUUGCUUUGUCAGUAACUUCGUUGUCAAAAACUGAUAGACAAUACAGCCACGACUACUUUGAAAAUCGUCUACGAUCUCAUGAACCAAAUACACAAAAUCGAUUGUCCAAGUCAUUGAAUUUCAUAUGUCCAAAACCAGUUACGUUAUGUUCCACGGGAAAAGCAAACUCUUCACUAGACGUGCUGUGUACUACGUUAACAGACGUAAGGCUUUUGAGAAGAAGUACCGGGAUCUGGGCGGAUUUUUUUGAACUAUUCCAUUUAAGGGUUAACAGCAGUGUAAUUAGCAUUUCGUCCUUGCACUCUGAUGAAGAUUACGCUAAAACUAUAAAUAUCCAAGAGCGCACUGGUCAACACACACCAGCAAGUCUAGAAAAUAUGUCAUUACCGUCAGAAUCAUCCAAUCAAUUUGCCAGCUUCUAUUCUACCACAUCAACGAAUGCAAGUGGUUCUUCCAUAACGCAUAUUUGUCUUGGUGAUACUUCACAUUUAUUCACAAACGAGAGAGGGGAAGACGGCCAACAAGGACAUGGCAGCCAAGAGGAAGCAGAAAACGACCGAAAAAGAAUAGAAAACGUUCAAGAUGAAAACGUACAAGAUGAAGAAGAUAAGGUGGGCGGGGAAAGGAACAACGGCCAACAAGAACAAGGACAAGGCAGUCAAGAGGAAGCAGAAAACGACAAAAAGAGAGUAGAAAACGUUCAAGAUGAAGAAGACAUGGUGGAUGGGAAAAGGAACAACGGCCAACAAGAACAAAGACAAGACAGCCAACAAGAAACAGAUGAUAUUGAUGAUGAUAUUGAUGAUCGUCUUGAUGAUGAUAUUGAUGAUGAUCUUAAUGAUGAUAUUGUAGAGGAGGAGAGGGAAGAAAAACACAACCAUAAUGAAGGAAAAGAAGAUCUUGAAGGAGAGAUCCGAUCUUACAACAAUAACAAGUCCAGACGAAGUAACCAACAAAACACCAUUACAACUAUUCAUAACAAUUUGAGAGAAUCUGUAGAUACUGCUAGCGGCAAGCCACUCUCUUUAGAUAAAGAAUCAAACCAACACGAUCAAAAUGAUUUUCGGUUUUAUUACCAAGACGGAGGAACACAAACCAAAACACAGAAUCUUCCACGUACCAUUUUCAACACUGAUUGGUCUGCUGAAGCUUCGUUUGGUGUCUCGGGUGGAGAGUUACAGACAGAGAAUUCCAGUGUGAAGUUGAUUGUAGUUCCGGGUACUGUCAAAGAAUCAGAAUCCAUCACCAUCAAUGCUCAUGUACACGUUAAUUUAAAGAAAUUAGUAGAAGUGUUGGCAAUACCCAAGGACGAAUUCAUCGUUUCUCCAGCUCCGGAAUACCAUCUCAACGCCGAUUGGAAAAAGGUGAUCAAGAAGCCAAUGAUCAUACUACUUCCGGUGACGCUGUCACCAACGUUCAUCACUGAGAGCCUGACUGUUUACGUCUUUCAGUCUAAAGCUGGGCAAAUUGUUAAAUAUCCCAUUGGAGAAAAAUCAAAACAAAACGACAACGGCGAUGAUCCCUAUUUUGAAGUUUCUAAAGAUCGAAAAAACAUCCUUAUUUAUACUUAUCACUUUAGUGGAGUGGUGGCUUGCUAUAAAUGUUCAAAAGAUGUUACAGUUCCCGGUUAUCUCAGCGCUUGUAUCAAAGGUUCCAACAAGCCCCAAAAACACGGAAGAGAAGUACGGAUUCGAUAUGAAAUUUUUGAUAACAAAAAUGAAAUUAAAGAUUUUGAAGUGCAGAAUCAGCAUGAAAACGGAUUGGUGCUUCUCGAAAAGCGAGUGAGGAUAAAUUUACCAGCAAACGCUGACAACGACUCCAAACUGAUUUUAAAACUGGAUGUAGUAGGCGAUGAAAGUAAUUUAUGGGAGUCUAAAAAACUGCCAUCUGGAGAAGAAAUGUUUCCAAUGGAAUUGGAGGUGUAUUUACGUGAAUUAUUAACAUGCAGUUCCCACCUAGAUAUAUUUGAUACAGAAUGGGUGAUGCGUGGUUUGCCCGAGUCACCAGAAGAGCUUCUACAACCAUUUGAAUGCAGGAUAAGUGUAUCUGAGAAGGAAGUUAAUGGAACAGAAGGGGCGGUUGCCAUUUCAAGUAAAAAUAAAUCUUACGUGCGAAUCGAGGCUACCACUGGGAGUUACAAGGAAGAGAUGUCAUCAGACAACAAGAGCCGGAGUGGAUCAAACCAGGUGCUCGAGGAAUCUCGAGCUAAUCACUGUACUCAACCUAUCUCAGAAAGAAGAAACUUGCAUAGUGACAACAGAUCCAUGGCUGAAUUAGAUAACAGAGAAUUCGUCAGAUGCGUUCAGGAAGUCGGGCUACCACUUAGUCGACAGGAUUUGCAUCAACAAGAUGUUAGAGACGAUAGUAAUGGCCCCCAAGCAAUGGCAGAGUUAACUGGAACUGACCGGCGAUCACCGUGCGAAAAUUCAGAUAAUACUGAAUAUCCUUCUUAUUGUGAUACUCAGCAAACAGUUCCUAAAGUAUACGGAUGAUUAUCUAGUGUAUCACAACAAUUUUGUUUGGUCAUGUGUAUUUGGUUUUUAAAUUUCAGAAACUAGGUGGCCCUCCGAACCUCAGACAGAUGAUUGGACACAAGUCUAUUUCCUAGAUAAAAAUAUUUAUCAGAGGUUGGAAGAUUCAUUAAUUUUCUAUCUGUACUAGUCCGUUGGUAUUUGCUGAAACACGAUCGAUCCACAAAUACAUCUAGGACCUUAUUCUCCAAACCUUGAGUUAAAUAAAAUCCAGAUUUUAAGAAAUACAGUAAUCUGAUUGGAUAAUAAAACUAAAUUUAAAAUCAAUUAUAGAUGACUGGAACACUAAAAUCAUCUUCAGUUGAAUUUUUAAAAAAUAUGGUUCCUGUUUUAUUAUGUUGUUUAUUCAUAAAAUAGAACGUAAGC